AUGUCUCUGACCAAGUCUGACAAAACUUUCAUUGCCAGCAUCUGGACCAAGAUCGCCACCCAGGCUGAUUGCAUUGGCACAGAGGCCUUGGAGAGGCUUUUCCUCAGCUUCCCCCAGACCAAGACUUAUUUCCCCCACUUUGACCUGAGCCAUGGCUCUGCCCAGCUGCAUGCCCAUGGCUCCAAGGUGGUUGCUGCUAUUGGAGACGCUGUCAAGAACAUUGACAACCUUGGCAGUGCCCUGUCCAAGCUCAGUGAACUCCAUGCCUACAACCUCAGAGUAGAUCCUGUCAACUUCAAGCUCCUAUCUCACACUUUGCUGGUUACCAUUGCCACCCACUUCCCUGCUGACUUCACUGCGGAAGCCCAUGCUGCCUGGGACAAGUUCCUGUCCAUCGUGACCUCCAUCCUGACAGAGAAGUACAGAUGA